UGCAAAUGUUAAAAUCUCUGGAAGGUUGGGGGUUCAAGCCCCAGAAACCUGCCCCUGUUGGGCCCUCGAACAAGGCUUUUAACCCUCCGUGCUCCAGGGGUGUUAUAUCAUGGCUGUCUCUGGGCAAGAGAAAGUGGUUUUCACUUCUACAGAGCGUAAGUCCAUUGCAGUCAUCUAAAGAACAAAUCUUUAAGUUAAAGAUGGUAACCACAAAUCUGCUUAACAAGACACUGGUCUGUCUAUAUUUUUCGAUGAUACUCAUGACAAGUCAGACUCUGUGCUUUAUGUCUUCGUGGUGUCAAUCCAAGACACACCAGGACAUAACCCGUGAUGCGGUUUUACUAACAACAGCUGAUGUCUGCAGAUCACGAGCACUUCAGGAGGGACGGAAUUUGAUUCUGCCAGAGCCAUUGACAGUAAAGUCAGUAGCAAAAGCUUGUUCCUCUUCUGAUUCUGCUAAAGAGUUUCAAAGCAGCAUUAAUGAGAUAAAUCAUCACAAUGCCUGGGUCGACUUUUGGCAUUUUUUCAGCGCCCAUUACCAUUUCGAAAACGAGGAGUUCAUGUCUGGACGGCAACUUAUUACCGAAGGAGUAUUUGCUGUCAAAUACAGUGUCAAGCAGAAGAACUAUCAAGCUGCCAGAGAGGCACUUGGUAAAGUCCUACACACUUUGCAGGAUUUCUACAGUAAUAGCAACUGGAUUGAACUGGGAAAUACAGAACCUUAUUCCAACUUGAUUAAACCAGACACCCCAAUCAGAAACAUAGCAGAUUCAGAAACUUGCAGGAGUUGUUACGGUGAUGCCUGUGCAGGAGGAAUCCUGGAGGAGAUCAUUGCAAAGCAAAAACUAACCUCAGGAUACUUCGACUGGUCCAAACCAAAGGGAAAGUGCAGUCAUGGAGGAUUACUUAAGUGGGAGCAAGGUGGCAUAAAUAAAGAUACCGUCAACUCCAGUCACGGUUAUCUACAUUAUACAGCAGCAUCGGUCGCCACUAAAGCUACCAGAGAACUACUGCAGGAUAUUAGAGCGGCAGUUGGAGAUUCUGAGUUUCUUAGACUGAUGGGACUCCGCCGAUCUUCAGUGCUGUGUUUUGUUAUUGACACCACCAGCACCAUGUCUUAUGACAUUGCAGAGAUCCGAAGAGUUACUUCAUCCAUCAUUGACAGUAAAACAGGCACAGCAGCUCAAUCUAUAGAAUACAUCCUUGUGCCAUUUAAUGACAUCAAUUAUGGCCCACUUACAAGAACAACUGAUGCUAAUGUGUUUAAACAGAAACUCAGUGCAAUUACAGCUGAUGGUGGAGCAGGUGCUUUUAAAAUGUCUCUUUCAGCACUCCAGCUGGCCCUUACUGGAUCUCCACCACAGACUGAAAUAUAUGUCUUCACUGAUGCUGAUGCAAAAGACAAAGGGUUGACAAGCACUGUACGAGCACUGAUUGAGAGAACAAAGUCUAAAGUGACCUUCAUGCUAACUACUACUAGGCAUUGCAGAAGCAGUGGGAAACCUGUAGAUGGCCACCAUCAUUUCUCCACUCAAACUUCUCUUUAUCACAACCUGGCUCAGGCCUCUGGAGGCUUGGCUAUUGAGGUCACCAAAAGAACACUGGCCCAAGUUACUGACAUUAUUGCAGUUACUUCUGGAUCUAAACUGGUCACCUUAUUCCAGGCUACAAGAAAGACAGGAAAAGCUGAAAAAUUCUCAGUGUUUGUGGAUUCUUCUGUGCAAAACCUGACAAUUUACAUCACAGGCAACUCUCCAGUUUACACCAUUACUAGUCCCACAGGAGUCUCACAGAAGAGCACUGAACUGAGCGGCAUGCUGGGGUUCAUUCAGAAAGUUGGAAACUUUCAUACAGUGAAACCGAAUAUCACAGAGCAGACUGGACUGUGGCUUUUUAGAAUCAGCUCAAUGCAGUCCUAUACCAUCAGAGUUGUUGGUCAAAGUGAGGUUGACUUUAUGUUUGACUUUGUAGUCAAACAGCUAAAUCCAGGCUAUGCUUUGUUAAACAGCCGACCUGCGACUAACAACAGUGCCGCCCUACUGGUGACCAUGGUUGGUGCAGACAGUUUGAAGCUGACAAAGGUGUCUCUUGUUCCAUCUGCAAGUUCAAUAUCUUUAAGUGGGACACCAGAAGAGGUAUCUAGUGGGCAGUACCUGGUGAUCUUCAACAGCAUCCCAGAACAAGAGUUUACUGUGCGUGUAGAUGGACAGCUUGACUCUGGGAGAUCUUUAGGCAACACCUUUCAGAGACAGACACCAACUCGGUUCCAAACAUCAACUGUGACCAUUACGACCCAGCCUGUUGGAACAAUGGAACCUGGAACACCAUUCACUUUGCUUUACACAGUCACAACCAAAGGUUCUGGAGGAAGAUUUAAUAUCAGAGUCAGCAACAAUCGCAGUUUUGUGGCUCUUUAUAAGACGUCCAUUACUCUAGUCGGUGGGCGCAGUGUGGAUGACAUAGUAACUUUGUUCGCUCCUGAAAACACUUCCUCUGGAACUGAUGUAACAGUGACGAUCCAAGCUGAAGCAGUGGAUGGAAUCGACUACAACUACGUCUCGCUGCGUCUUAUUGUCUUAGCUCCGGUGGCAGAUUUUACUCCUCCAGUUUGUGAGGCGGUUAGCUUGAAUGCUAACUGUUCAGGCAACUGUAGCCUCUCCACAUGGUACCUCACUGCCAACGUGACUGAUGGAAGUGGAUCAGGUGUUGAGAAUGUGAGAGUCCUCUAUGGAAAUGGCAACCUCAGCACCACCACUGUGCUCAACAACACAGGUGUGAAUGUCACUAUGGUCAUCUACAGCUCCUCCUGCUGUUCCACAGACCUGGAACUGGUUGCUGUGGAUGCAGAGGGAAAUGUUGCUACCUGCUAUAAAUUUGUAAAAGAUACAACUUCGAGCACCAGCACUGGAUCGCCUGGAACAGUGACCAACAACACCAUUAUCACCACAAUUGCAGCAUCUAUGACUGCUCCCACUGGCACUACAGCAUCCACAGACCAUCCCAUCACCCAAACUGGCAUAUCCACAGCUUAUCCCACUAUUCAAACCAGUAUAUCCACAGCUCUUCCAACCAGUGAGACCAGCUUAUCCACCAACAAGACCAACUCAAAAUCCACAACUCUUCCAACCUCUGAGAACAACACAAAAUCCACAGCUCCUCCAACCACCAAGACCCACACAUCUACAUAUUAUCCAUCCACCGAGACCAACCCAACAUCCACAUCUUAUACAACCACCGAGACCAACACAUCCACAUCUUAUUCCACCACCAAGACCAACACAUCCACACCUUAUUCUACUACUAAGAUCAACACAACAUCCACAGAUCAUCCCACCAUCCAAACCAGCUCUAAUGGUGCAGAAUGUUGCCUGUUUCUGCCCUUUCUUUGGUUAAAUAUCGGAAUCUUUCUAUACCAAUUCAUUCGGAUCUAAACAAAAAUGUAUCCAAUUUAGUUUAGUACUGCUUUUAUUAAGAAUGAUUAGUGAAUGUAAAUAACUAAUAACCAACCAUUGAUCAGCUUUAUUCUUCUCUCAUUAUAAAUCUAGUAUCUGUGAAAAAAAUUCAUAAGGUGAACUCUGAGGGUAUGUUUGAUUAGAGAAUCCCCUUGAUUUAUGACAUUAAGCUACAAAUGUUAGUUUUUGCAUACAACCUAGAAACUAUAUUGUGUAACCCACAGGAAAACCUCAAUGAUCAAGAUAUUGUCUUGGAAUUGUGACUUUUCUGUGUCUUAUUAAAAUGCAAAAAAGAAAGAAAAGCUGGUAUUACCAUUAAUAGCACUGUGAACAGACCCAGGGUCAAUACUGUCCCGGUUCCUGCAUGUGGAGGUCCUUUACUAAAGAUCAUGAGUAACCAAACUUACAUGAAAUAUUAUUUUCAUAUACAGUAAUACCUCGGAACUCAUCGGCUGUGAAACUCGUCAAAUUCGGUACUCGUCACAUUAUGACGCCUGAAUGUUUCGGCACUCGUCCCAUGCUCAGAACUCGAUACUGAUUCUCUCGGACCUCAGAAUCAGAAAUAGCUUUAUUACCAAGUAUGCUUACACACACAAGGAAUUUCACUUGGCUACAGGAGCUUCCAGUGCAGAAGUACAGACAUAGUGUAACAAUAGUAAUCGCGGUGGUUACGUUUCAAAACUGCGCUAAACUGAAACAACAAAGCGGCUAAUUUAUGGAUUUUUCCUGGGUUUUUCCUGGUUUCACAAACUUCAAAC